AUUUUCCUAGAGAAGAAGCGAUUAAACCCUCCUCCCUGCUGUGACGAACUUCACACACAUGCUCUCUGCCUCUCUAAAAGCUAUCAUCCUACAGCUUAUUCCAGAUGAGCGACGGGGAGGAAGAUCGAAGCGGCAGCUUCGUUCUAGUGACGAGGAAGGGCGGCUAUGGCCUCCCCACCGCUUGUCCUUCUUGUCUUUCCGUCUAUCUUUAUCUCCGAUUCGCUAACACCGCCUUUAAUCUACUCUACGACGUUUCCAACCCUGAUUCCGAUCAUGUUCCAUACUUUGAGUAUGGAUAUUAUGUGGCAUUUAACAAUGAAAAGGGCGGGGUUAUUGAAGCUCUAAAGCAAGAAGGUAUUGCUGAUUUGGAUCCUAAAGCCUCAAGUUCCUACUUCUCCGAAUGGUUGUCCACAAAAGCAUUGAUGAGCUCCUGGCUUUCUGCGGCAAUAGAAUAUGAACUCUGGGUGGCUUCUGAUAGUAAUAUUGCCCAUAAAAUAUAUUUCUCUGAUCUUCCAUGGUUGCUUGCCAAGGUUCUUCAUAAGAAACAGAGUCGAGCUGUGAAAAGGCUGCUUGGGAUAACAAAUCUCACUGCUUCUGAAAGAGAGGAAGAGAUAUAUAGGAAUGCAACAUUAGCAUUUAAGGCUUUAUCUUUGCGAUUAGGGGAUCAAUCAUUUUUCUUUGAGGACAGGCCUACGAGUGUGGAUGCUCUGUUUUUUGGAUAUGCCCUUUUUGUGCUUCAUGUUCUACCCGAUACAUCGGCUCUGAAAGUUGAUUUCUUGAAGCAUGAUAAUCUUGUUAAUUAUGCUGAAAAUCUGAAGAAGCAGUUCUUAGAUGGGGACCCAUCUGCUGCUGCUUUUGUUCCAAGGUCUCGCUCUGAUGCUUCAACAUCAAACACAAGAAGAAAAGGUUCACAUUGGAGUUCAAAGCCCAACCCUAAACCCAAGAGAGAGAAGACUGAGGAAGAGAAGACAUUUAGGAGGAGAGCAAAGUACUUUCUUGGGGCUCAAUUUGUUGCUGUGCUCGUCUUUCUAUCACUCUUUGGAGGUGCUGAUGGACCUCAAUUGCAAAAUGAUGAUGGGGAUGAAUUUGCUUAUGAGGAUUAGGGUUUCCUUCUUCUUUUUUUAUUUUUUUUUUAUCUGAUUCAGCUCUUUGAUACAGAUUUGUAGGGCUUAGCCUUU